GUACUGCAAUCCUUAUUCAAGUCAAGAAAUAGAGUAUUACCAGCACCCACAGGGCCUCCAUAUGCUAACUUGCAUUUUGUCAUUUGUUCUGCUUCAUCCCAAAAAAUGUGAGGCCAACACAAGAAGGGGGCAAAGGGCAUUGAAAGGUAUGUUGGAACCCCAGACCCCUGUAGCCAGCACUCCUCUGCUGGGGAGGUGGCUGGCUUGAUCAUGUUAGAGGCCUCUUUCAAGUCUAUGUCCAAUGGCUUUCUCAUCUACAAGAUCACUCAAGUGACAGCACAGGGAGCUCCCAGUCUCAGCCCUGCUCCUCAUCAGUUUUGCAUUAUGGAUAGAGUGAAUCACCCGGUAAAUAAUUCACCAGUAACUGGGGCAGGGAGAGUAACAGGAGACCAGGGGUAAAGGUAUCCGAAGGGCUGAGGUUGGCAACCUGAGCCAGACCCCCUUGCCCCCAAGGCUGGGGAGAAGGGGGCCUGGGAGUCAGGCGGGAGCCUCAGGUGGGCAGCUGCCCAAGAGAUGGGGACAUGGUGGGCCAGAGGGCCAGGCACAGAUCGUCCAGCCUCGUGCUGCUGAUGUACCUCUGCCUCCUGCAUCCGGGGGCCUCGGGUCAGCCCCAGCCGAGCCCCGGAGCCCCUGCACAGCAGGCCGUGUCCGUCCAGGGAGUGCGGGGCAGUUCCGUGGAGCUGGCCUGUGGCCCGGGGCCUACCCCCGUGAUGGUCCUCUGGAGCUUCACCCCGCUGGGCUCCCCGGUCCCCCAGCCUGUGGCUCUCACCAACGGAGUGGUGUCCAAGGUGGAGGCUGCAGCCUCGGCUCUGGGCUCCGUGAGCCUGAGGAACGGCAGCCUCGUGCUGGAGGAGCUCCAGGAGGGUGCCCGCGGCCACUUCCUGUGCCAGGCCCUGCACACAGCGGACGGCCAGCUCCACGCCGCCUACUCCUACCUCUCGCUGGCGGUGCUGGUGCCUGUCUCCAAGCCUCAGGUGCGGCUAAGUGACCCAUCCCCAGUGGAGGGCACCUCCGUGGUGGCCACCUGUGCAGUGCGGGAGGGGACAGGGCCUGUGACCUUCACCUGGCAACAUCAGGCACCCCGAGGCCCUGGGAAGGUCCUGGUGGAAGUCGUGGAGCCACUUCUCCGGCUGGACCCCGUCAACCGGACACACCUGGGCUGGUUCGUGUGCAGCGCCCACAACACAGUCAACAGGCUGAGCAGUCCUGGAGCCUUCCUGGAUGUCAUCUAUGGUCCGGACAAGCCCGUGAUCACCGUGGAACCCCUGGGACUCACUGAGGAAGGAUUUUGGGCCAGUGAGAGGGAGGAGGUGACCCUGAGCUGCCUGGCCGCAUCCAACCCUCCCAGUCGUUAUGUGUGGCUCCGUGAAGACACUCAGGUCCACAGUGGGCCCACAUACGUCAUUGCCACUGCCAGCCGCACCCACACAGGCCUAUACACCUGCCUGGCCCACAACAGCCACCUGGACACCCGCACCCAGACCACUGUCCAGCUCACCGUCUACUAUCCCCCAGAGGGGCAGCCCUCCUGUGCCGUGCUCCCCUCCCCCAGGGCUGUGACUUUGCCCUGCACCUGGCCUGGAGGGUUUCCGCCGGCCCAGCUGCAGUGGGAAGGGCCCCAGGGGACUGGUCCGACUGCCCCCAGCAACGUCACCUGGAGUCAUGCAACUGCCCAGCUCCCCAACGGUAGCGUCUUCACCUGCACCGGUCAGCACCCAGCCCUGGCAUUGCCGGCCGUCUGCAGGAUCACGCUCUGGGAACCUCUCUGGAGCCCCACCUGCUGGACCACGGCCUCUCUGGGAGACCAGUUGAUCAUGCUGAGCUGCAGGUGGCCUGGAGGUGAGCCCCCUGCCGUGCUGGGCUGGCUUGACGGACAACAGCGGCCUCUGGGCAGCAACAGCUCUUCGCUGGCCAUCCACCUUCUGCAGGCCCAGGACAAUCUAGCCGGCAGGGAGUUCACCUGCCGGGGCACUCACCCACUCAGGAGCCCGGACCCCUACUGCCAGCUCCAGCUGGAAGCCCCACAGCUGGCAGUGGCUGAGCCCCGCGUGUCUGUGUUGGAGGGGGGAGAGGCCAUGCUGGCCUGUGUCCUGCAGCAUGGCACACCACCCGCCCAGCUCCUCUGGCUGGGACCCCAGCUGCGGCAGGUGGAACAGGGCACGUCUGGAUUCACACUAUACCCUGAGGGUGCCUGGCUGCGCCUCCACAUCCAAGAUGCUGACCCAGCACGCCACAAGGGGACCUACCAAUGUGUGGCCAGCAACGCUGUGGGCAGCCACCAUCGCAGCGUGCAGCUGGAGGUCCUGAGAUAUCCAGCUCCUCCCAACGUCACCAUCAGCCGCCUGACCUACGCACGGCACCGCAGAGAGGUGCAGCUGCAGUGGGUGCUGGAGGGCUCCGGGAACCUGACGGGCUUCCUGGUGCAGCGGAGGGCCAGCAUCCCCGGCACUGCCGCCUGGGAGACGGCAGCCAGCGACAUCGAGCCUGAGAGCAGGGGCCGGCGGCUGGGAGGCUUGGACCCCGGAGUCCUCUAUGCCUUCCGCAUCCUGGCUCUGAACCACCGCACGGCUGGGCUGCCCUCCCCGGUGAAGACACCAGCGGACCCCCCCUUCAGCGCCUAUCCUGCCGUGCUGGCUGCAGCAGGCACAGGAGUGGUGGUGGCAACCGUGGCCUGUCUACUGCUGUUCCAGUACGCUGCCCGGCACCCAGAGACUUUCCCCUGCCUUGGUCAGUGGCUUGCUCCCAUGGAGCAAAGAGGCCCGCAGAGAGGCUCAAGGGGAGGCACCGAGGCACGGGCAGGCACUGAAGCAGCAGCCACCACCCCAAGUUCAGAUCCUGCACAAGAAUCCACCGAGGCACCCGUCAAUGUCACCAUCACGGUGACAGCAACACCAUGAGGCCCACCGAGGAAGGUGCACACAGGCUCAGCGAGGGCAGAUGGGAGGCGGAGAGAUCCCUUCUGUCAGACUUGGGUCUUAAAACCACAGUGUCUAAGACAUCAACCACCCCUUCUUCCCUUAAUACCCGGGCUUUACAAGUACUGCGCAGUCCAGCUGCCCUUAAAUGGCUAGGUUGCAAGAGAAGCCCCGGCCCGUGUAGAAGGCAGAGCUGGCGGAAGGAGGCAGACACACACCUGGAGCAAAUCUCGCCGGGUGUGUGAGG